AUGUUUUGGACUAUCUUAAUUUCGUCGAUCACAAUAUUAAUCAUUGUAAUCUAUUUUUACAGUAAAUGGAAAUGUUAUGCACUACGUGGUUCAAUUCCUGGUCUCAAACCCGAAUUCUUAUUUGGUAAUCUUCGUCAACUUGGUAUUAUUGGACCAAAUAAAGAACUAAUUGAUACCUAUGUUCAUGGUUGUAAUAAACUUCAAAGAAAAUUUGGAGAUAUAUUCCAAUUUUGGAUGGGCUCAAAUCAUUUGUAUGUAUUCUGUCGACCUGAGCAUGCUGAACAAAUUUAUGGAGAUCGUUAUCGAUUUGAUCGCGCUGAAAUACGCUUAAGAACAUUUCGAUUAAUAUCAGAAAAUUUCAUUAUUUCACUCAUAGGCCCAAAAUACAAACGACAUGCUAAAGCGAUUUUACCUAUGUUAAAAAGAAAUAAAUUCGUAUCACAAAUACCGAUUAUCAUUGAUUGUGUCGAUCAAUUAAUUCAUGUUUGGAAACUUCGAUACGAAAACAAAGACGAUAUUAUAUGUACGUGUCUAAUAAAUGAUAAUCAACAUUUGAUGUUAGAUACGUUCACACUUUUAACAUUUGAUUAUGAUUUGGGCAAUUUAAAGUAUUUAGCUAAAGUAGCAACACAAUUCAAUCCAGACGAAAAAUAUCAACCAUCCGAUUUUGGUCUAGCUUUAUCGACUUGGCUCGAUGCAUUGAAACGUGUCUAUAUGAAUGGUAUGCCAUAUAUCGUUAAUUAUUAUCUAUUGAAAUUCGAUCGAAAAUAUCAAAGUGCAUUGAAAAAGCUUGAAGAUCAAGCGGAAAAAAUUAUUUCAAAAUGUCAAAUGGAAAUGAAUCCAAAUGAUAGGCCUACCAAUCUUGUCGCAUCAUUAGUAUCAUCAUUGCAAAAAGAUGAAGUAUUGGAGAGAACGAAAAGUGAAAGUGAAAAACGAGGCAUUACAAAAAAAGAAUUAUUAGACGAAGUAUUAGGAUUGAUUCUUGGUGGUUUUGAUACGACAGCAACUGUCCUAUCUUGGUUUAUGUAUUAUAUGAGUAAAAAUCCUCAAGUCCAAAAAAAAAUGAAAGAUGAAUUGAAACAACAUAAUAUUACAAAAGAUACAUUAUUAGAUGAUUUCAAUCUCCUUGACACAUGUGAAUAUAUUGAUUGUGUCAUCAAAGAAACAUUAAGAAUAGCACCACUUGCCCUCGGUUCGUUUCGAACCGUCACUGAAGAUGUUACUAUUGAUGGAGCGAAUAUUCGUAAAGGAGAAACAGUUGUAUCAGCAUUUUCUUUGAUGCAAAGUGACUCAAGAUAUUGGAAAUUAGAUCCUAAACGAUUCAUUCCUGAGAGAUUCUUUGGUAUUGAUGCGCCCGAUGCAAAUCAUCAUCCAUUUGCGUUUGCGCCCUUUGGUGGUGGACAUCGUAUUUGUGCUGGACAAGAAUUAGCACGUUUAGAAUUAAAAUUAAUCAUAACUUGUUUUAUGUUAUUCGUCACUUUUGUUGAUGCACCAGGAAACAAUGGUGGCUAUUGCCAAAAGAUGACAAUUACACCAAAAGAAGUCGCUGUUUUUGUGAAGUUUGACUGA